AUGGCUGACCCAGCUCCAGCUUUUCCUCCGCUAGCGAAUGGUUCAGCUGACCUCGCUGCAGGACCUUCUGCUUCUGGGCCUUCUCGGCCCUUUCCUUUAGGCCGCCUGUCUAGUGGGCCUGGUGUAUCUCCCGGCCCGUGUUCCUCUUCACAGUCGAGCAGCUCCCCUGCUCGUAUGGACUCCCCAGCCGCUUCAUCCUCUACUAACUCCAGCCCGGGCUCCUCAUCUGCUGGUUCGAGUCUCUCUCCUUCCUCGCCGCAUCUACGACGAAGUGAUAGGAAUCGAGUUCCCCUGAAGCAACUAUAA